AUGUUUAUAUUGCUGCCUUUAUUAGGAAUAAUUUUUAGUUAUUUUUCGGAUUGUUCCCCAGUAAAUUUAGGCGUUAACCAUAAUAUAAAGGACAACGCAAGGGAAUAUUAUCUGGAAUCAAAUUAUUGUAAAGUUGGUAAUACAACGUACUCACAUGGUGAAACGUUCAAAUUGGAUUGUAAAACACAAUGUGUCUGCGAGAAUGGCAGACAUGCAUGUUCAUCAUUGUGUCCAAAGGAACAAUUACCAGCUCCAGAGGAUACAGAAUCAUGUAGAUCACCAAGACUAGUUGAAGUGCCUGGUCAUUGUUGUAAAAUGUGGCUAUGUGAAAAACCAACAGCUGACGUAAAAGCCACAUGCCAUAAUACAUCAUCAAGUCCAUGGACGCCAUGUUCUGAAAAUUGUGGUGUUGGUAUAUCAACACGUAUAACAAAUACCACAACAGGAUGUCACAAGUUAAGUAAUAUUAGGCUAUGUGAAAAUCGUAAAUGUGAUGACAAUAAAUUAAAUAGUAAAAUAGUUGAUAGAAAUUUAUCAUUAAUACAACAGCAAAAGCAAAUAAAACAACAGGAAAAACAAUAUCAACAAUUACAAUUAUUACAACAGCAUCCUGAACAUAGAAUUAGGAAAGGACAUGAAUGUCGUAGCUUACAAAGAUUAGGUCCAGCUAGAAUACGUUUUGGUUCAUGUGUAUCAAGAAAAUUAUAUCGUCCCAAAAUAUGUGGGAGAUGUCAUCAAAUAAAUAAAUGUUGUGUGCCUUCUGUUUCUACAACAAUUCAAGUUGAACUUUUAUGCCCAGUUAAUUCAGGUGAUCCAUUAGAUUAUAUAAAGAACGGUAUGAGCCUUUGGGAUAGUACAUCAUUAGAACCAAUUAAUCAGGAAUUGUUACAAUCUAGGCAAAUACAAAUUGAAAAUAAAUUCAUAUCAGUACAGUGGAUAUUAAAAUGUGAAUGCAGUUCACAGCCCGGAUAUUGCAGUAAUAGUAAUACAAAUAAUAGUAAUUUAUCAAUUCCAUUAACAACAAAUACAAUAACAAAUUCAUCAAAAAUGGCAACUACAGUUAAAGAAUUAAAAACACCAACAGUUAAUAACAACAAUAAUAGUAUUAAUAAUUAUAACAAGAACAACAACAACAACAGCACUAGUAGUAGCACAAAUACCAAAAGAUUGAUAAGUUCAUUAACAUUAUCAAAGGAAAGAAAUAAAAUAAAUAAAUAUGAUGGCAACAAUCAUAGUAAUAAUGAUAUAGAUGAUAAUGAUGAUAAUGAUGAUAAUAAUGAUUUUAGUAAUAGUAAUGAAGCUGAUACUACUAAUAAUAAUCAAAAGAGAAAUCAAGAAACUACCCCAAAUCAAAUUGAAUUUAAAAAUAAUAUAAAUUCAAAUUAUAAUAAUCAAAUUUCAAAUAAUGAUAAUAAUAAUGAUAAUGAUGAAAUUUUUGAAAGUAAUAGUAUUAAUAGUAAUCAAAAUAAUCAAGAUAAUAAUAAUAAUGAUAAUAGAAUAAAAUAUAGAAAUAAUAGACAUAAUAGAUUUAAUAAAUAUAUUCGAAAAAAAUUUAAUUAUCAACAUUAUCAUCCUAAUCCACAUCACCAUCAACAUCAUCACCAUCAUCAUCAUAAUCAUCACCAUCAAAAUAACCAACAUAAUAAUCAACAUCACCACCAUCAACACCAUAAGCAUCAUAAUCAAAAUCAUCUACAUUAUUUACAUAAUUAUCAACAUAAUAAUGAUAAUAAUCAACAUUAUUUAAAUAAUUAUUCUAAUCAAAAUCAUCCAUAUCAUUAUGAGAUAUUAAAAUCAUCAGGAUAUGAUAUUAAUGAAUUAACAUCAAGUGAUGAAGUUCGACAUUGGAGAAAUCAACAGAAACAGCAAGAAGAACAAGAACAAUUAGAUUUAAAGGAGUUACGAUUACGACAACAAGAAAUAUUACAACAGCAAACGCAACAACAACAACAACAACAACAACAGCAACAGUCAGAACAACUACAGUCAAAACAACAGUCACAACAAGAAAAUCAACAACAAAUACAGCAACAAUUAUUAAAAACGUAACAGGCUAAUUAAAAAAAAAUAUACAAAACAAAAAAAAUAAAUUAAUAUUCAACAAACAGUAACAACAACAACAAAAAAAGUAAAUAAAACAAAAGAGAAAUAAUAUAACAGAAGUUAGCAGGAGAGAAUAACAAAAAAUAGAAAAUAAUAAAACACACAAACAUUUAUUUUAUCAUUUUGUAUAAGACCCAUUGUAUAUAGAUAGAAAUUUAAUUAAACUAUUAUUAUAAUACUAUAUAUAUAUAUGUAUAUAUAUACAUAUAUACAUAAAUAUAACAAAUAUACAACUAUACAUGUAAUAAUAAAUGAAAAAAAAGAAUAAAACUAGCUAUAUAGAAUUAAUGAAAGAAAAGAAUAGAAAAAAAAGAAACCAUUGUAGUUAAAGAGAAAACUUUAGGGAUUAAAAUAAGGAGACAAUUAAAAAAUAUAAACAAUAAAUACACAUCCAUACAUACAAAAUAAAAAAUAUGUAUACACGGAAUUAUAAAAACAGUAUAACAGAGAGAAAAAAAAAUUCAUUUAAACACAUAAUUAUUAUAAAGUAUGAAAAUGACAUAUACAAACAUAACGUAUAUAAUAAUUAUAAAAUAUAGUUUGUAUAGUUUAAGAUUAAGUGUACCGAGAAUAAGCUCUUUUAAGUAAGGAAAAAGAUCAACAUGUAUAUAAUGCAUAAAUUGAUAUAAUUAUGCAUGUAUACAAACA